AUGUGGCGCGAUGUGAUUGGACCAAAGGCAGGCACUGCAGGGGUAUGCGGGGACAUGCAAUGUCCUGAUGACAUGGCACCAACAGAUGCUGAUGUGUCAACUCCUUGUGCUGACGUGGCUGGAAACGGCCCAGCUGCUGACGUGCGUCAGCAGCAUUCAAUCCGACAUUUUGAACGGAUUUCGAAUCGCCAAACGACUUUGCGACUCCUGGGAAAUCUCCUGGACAACGUGCAUCUCCUGGCGAUUUCAGAGCUCCAGGCGUUUUGCCAGGUGACCCAUAGGGGGAGCGGCAGGUGGGGGAAGGGGACGCAGAACGAGACUGCUUCAACGGCGGAGAUUCAGGCUCAGCAAGCCACGUGUCGAGCAUCUGAAGUGAGACGCGACCUCUUUUCAAUGCUCCCAGCCGUCUCUUCUGGCUCUGCUGCUGCUGCUGCUGCUGCUGCUGCUGCUGCUGCUGCUGCUGCUGCUGCUGCUGCUGCUGCUGCUGCUGCUGCUGCUGCUGCUGCUGCUGCUGCUGCUGCUGCUGCUGCUGCUGCUGCUGCUGCUGCUGCUGCUGCUGCUUCUGCUGCUGCUGCUGCUGCUUCUGCUGCUGCUGGGGACUCCCCAGAAUCUGAUUCUGGUGCGUGUUGGUCUGGAUUCGGCCGUCAUUCUUCGUAG